CAUGACGGAACAGUUUUGGGAAUAAAUGAAGCAUUUCAAAAACCUAAUAUCACUUCUUUUAUGUUCUCGCAACCCGGUGUGUUUGUCAUCUCUCACCCAUCACGCUGGCAGCACAGGAGGUUUGGGCUGGGAAGGGACUGAGUGCUGGAAGCAUGGUGUCUGCCCCAGCCUCAGGCUCUGCUCACAGCCCUCAGAGUGAGGUUGUGACCAGUGAGCUGCAGGAGCUCUCGCUUCAGUCUGGCCCCACUCUGCUGCCCUUAAAGGAGAGGAAGAAUGUCCUCCAGCUUAAGCUACAACAGAGGAGGACACGAGAGGAGCUCGUUAGCCAAGGAAUCAUGCCGCCGCUGAAGAGUCCUGCUGCCUUUCAUGAGCAGAGAAAAAGUCUGGAGAGAGCUCGGACUGAGGACUAUUUGAAGAGGAAGAUCAGGAGUCGUCCAGAGAGGUCAGAGCUGGUCAGGAUGCACAUACUUGAGGAGACUUCAGUAGAGCCCUCUCUUCAGGCCAAACAACUCAAACUGAAGCGGGCUCGUCUGGCCGAUGACCUCAAUGACAAAAUCUCUCACAGGCCCGGCCCGAUUGAGCUCAUCCACAAGAACAUCCUGCCUGUCCCCACACUAAUAGGUUCUCCAAAGGGUGAGCAUUCCUCAUUGGACGAGGACAGCAGUGAUGGGUUGUCACCUGAUCAGCCUGGAAGUCAGGACUCCCCGCUCAGCCAUGCACCUCUGCAUUCCCCCUCUGAUGUGCACAAUCUGAACAGGAACCCCUCACCCACACAGUUUCUCACUCAGCCCGCACCAUCUUUUCUUAAUGGCCCUGACUCCUCCCCUCCACAAAAUCUGCCCAGUGGAACCCUGAUGGUUACAAGUGCCCGUCCUCCCACUGGAUUUGCCAAACAGUCCCAGUCAAAGUCUAGUGCCGAUCGGCCCAGUCAGCGUCAUAAGAAACCUAAAGAGAACAAGCCCAAAGUAAAGAAGCUCAAAUAUCACCAGUACAUUCCACCUGAUCAGAAGAACGACCGCGAGCCUCCUCCCCAGCUGGACUCAUCUUACGCUAAGAUCCUUCACCAACAGCAGCUCUUCCUUCAGCUCCAGAUCAUCAGCCAACAACAGCAGCACUACAACUACCACACUAUCCUACCCGCUCCGCCCAAGAUUACUGCUGAGCAGCAACAACAACCAUCAAAUUCUGGCCCGUCACCUUCUCGAUCAGUUUCCACAUCCUGUCCUGCCCCAUCUAAUCGUCAGAGUCAACCAGGACCAGUAGUUGCCAAGCCAGGCAUGUUGCCUGCAAACUUGGAUGAAUUCAAAGUUGCUGAGCUCAAACAGGAGCUGAAACUAAGAGGCUUGACUGUGUCUGGUACCAAGAACGACCUCAUAGAAAGACUGAAGAACUACCAGGAACAGAAUAGUGGGGCGGGAGCGGUGAAAAUGGUUCCAGCUUCACCUCAGGGGGCAACGACACCAUCCUCCAGCUCUGUUCCUGUCACCCACCAAUCCAAGGACACCCUUGGAAAAGUGGCAGCUUAUCCAGUGACGGGGACCAACGGGCUCCAGUCUGCAGCCCCGGCUCAAAUCAUGCGCUUCAGCAGUACGAGCUCUUCCCCUCCUGUGUCUCCUGCUCCGUCCGACCGUUCGUUGACUGGAACGAGUGCUGAUGAGGCCAGCUGUAAUGGGGAUGUGUUUGGAGAAAUGGUGAGCUCACCUCUCACUCAACUCAGUCUGCAAGCAUCCUCAGAGCACCUGUCCCCAGUCAAGGAGGAGCCUGUUGGACAACUGCGUCCGUCAUGUUGCCUAUCCUUCCCCACCGCUGUCCCUUCUCGGCCUAAAAUAUCCAUGCCGCCGUUAGCACCCCAGCUGGACAAAGAUCAAAUGCUGCAAGAGAAAGACAAGCAGAUUGAGCAGCUGACCCGAAUGCUGAGGCAGAAACAGCAGCUGGUGGAGACUCUGCGCUCACAGCUUGAACAGGGCAAGCGUGCCGUGACCACAGAGAGCCCGGAUGUCUCGAUCAAAGUGGAAAGACCAGCCCUGACAAACGGUGAGGUGGUAAAGGUGAAGGAGGAAGCAAAGGAGGACAUGGAGACGUCAGCGGAACCACAGACGCAGAGAAAGAUGCAAACCCAGUGCUCUCAGCAAACGCUGUUCAAACUGCAGCAGAUCCACCGACUGCAAAUGCAGCAGCAGCAGCAACAAACUGCAGAUCAGUCUAAACAGCUGCAGCGGCAAAAGAUUCAGGUACUGCAACAACAGAAGCUGCAGCAGCUGAUUAUCCACCAGAGCCAACAGAAGCAGAUACAGGCCAAUCAGAAGAAACAGCAGAGGCCACAAAAGCAGCAGCAGCAGCAGAAACAACAACCGUUACAGACACAACAGAUCUCCCAGGUGUUUGUCAAUCAACAAACCGGCACGCAAGUGACCACAUCUUUCCCAAUGGAUCUUCUUAAAGCUCAUUCAGCGCCCACUCUAGUCACGGAUGGCAAUGGCAAUCAUUACCUCAUUGCACUUACCCAUAACAGUGUGGAGAACCUGAACGGUGAAGCUCAGCAAAACAAAACCAGUGGCCGGGUCACUCUACAGAGAUUGCAGUCCACUCCUGUCAAGCUUCCAAAUCAAUCAGCCCCUGAUGUGGUUAGUCCUGUGAACCAGUCCCAACAGCCCCAACAAACAUCCCCUGUCAAACAGCCCACAAAAGCCCAAAAGACAGGAUUGCACUUAAAUACACCUUUGGUUCAGGAGCAGAGUCAGCCCGUAUCAGCCCCACCCAAUCUUCAACCAUUUUUCCUAAGUGAAGAGCCCCGCGCUCUUGUUGAACCCAACUCGCCCCUUUCUCUCAAGGGAGAGGUGGGUGCAAGCUUUGACCGGCACACCUUGUUCACCCCUCCUUCUCCAAAACUGCCAUCCAAUAACCUUCACUAUGUCAAAGAGAACGGUUCCAACAAUCACCAUAUAGAUGACCUGUUUGACAUUCUUAUUAAGAGUGGAGAAAUCUCAGCUGGCUUCAAGGCCAAUCCAGACCCUUCCCUUUCUGAGCUGCACUCCAGCCCUGCAACUCCUUCUCCAUCCUCCUCCCCACUGCACCUGUCACCCCCCACCCCUCCAGCUGACCCCACCCCAGCCUAUCAGCCUACUGACGCUCAUCAUCAACCCGGCUCAGAAACGGGUCGUCUAGAGGACUUCCUGGAAAGCACCACGGGGUCACCACUGAUCGGAGUGGAGCCCGACGGUCCGCUCACGCUGAUCGACGACCUCCACAACCAAAUGCUGAGCACUUCCAGUAUUCUUGAUCAUACCCCUACCCCAAUGGACACCAGUGAGCUGAGCUUCUCUCCCCACCCGAGCAGCCUGGACUUUGAAGAUGGCAUGGACUGGCUAGACUUAUCCAUGGGUGGAGGAAACAGCGGAGGGGGGACUGUCCUGGUUCCUCUGGGCUCACACACACCCCCAAGUGUUUUCUCAGCAGACUUUUUGGACAGUUCAGACCUGCAGCUGCACUGGGACUCUUGUCUGUAGCUUUGGUCUUAACUGCUUGCCAAAUACAACACAACAUAGCACCUUUGCUCUUAUACUGUGUACAGCCUUUUACACACACGCGCACGAACACACACACCAACGUACAUGCGGUUUCAUGUGCUAAAAGCAAUUUCAUCAUGCUCAGGUAGACUGCUGUAUGGUAUUGAAGCAUUCACUUGUGUGAUGAGUCUACUAACGCACUGAGUAUUACCCCCCUCACCUGUGGCCACAGAUAUGUUUCAUUAUGGUUUGCCAACUGUGAAACUAACCGAUACACCAUUUCUGUUUGAACUCUAUACUCUCGAUACCCUUUCACCUCCAACAAACAUUAUCUGAACCAUAAGUAUGGGUGGCUACAGCAUGAUCUAUUUUCUUGGUUUUAAGUUUGCACACCAUGUUGCAAGGGCUCAUGGGCUUUGUUCACACUGCAGAUAAAAGAGCCCCAUGUCCAGUUAUGACCCAGUUGUAUUAUUUCAUAACAGUAUGAAUAGCAAAAAAAUGUCAGAUGUGUUAGUUUUGUCCUGAAAGAUUCCCUUCCACUUUCACACAAUACUCACUUCCUAGGGAGAAUACCUACUUAAUUCUCUACAUACUUAAUAAAAUGUCAUUUGAACCACAGAUGAUAGACUACCAGUAAGCGCCAGUGGGAAAUUAUGAGUAAUGGUUUAUUUAGCACCAUUUAAAUGUUUUUCUUAUGUGGGCGGCACGGUAGCUAAGUGGGUAGCAGUGUUGCCUCACAGCAAGAAGGUCCUGUGUUCGAUCCCCAGGUGGGGCGGUCUGGGUCCUUUCUGUGCAGUUUGCAUGUUCUCCUCUUGUCUGCGUGUGUUUCCUCCGGGAGCUCUGGUUUCCUCUCACAGUCCAAAAACAUGCAGCCAGGCUAACUGGAGACACUGAAUUGUCCUAUAGGUACCUAGCCACUAGGAUGCAUAAACCAGUGCAUUGUAGUGCCGGUCCCAAGUCCGGAUAAAUAGGGAGGGUUGUGUCAGGAAGGGCAUCCGGCAUAAAAUAAUGCGGAUCAUGAUCCGCCGGCGACCCCUAACGGGAGCAGCAGGAAAUAGAGAGAGGAAUUUUUUUCUCAUGUAUUUUUGUACAUAAUUUAAAACAAAGUGUUUCUUUAUAUAUAUAUAUUCUUUAUGCAUUUUCUCUCCUUUUUCUCCAUUGCCCGAUUGCAUCGUGCUUCCUCUCCACCAAUGCCGAUCCCUGCUCUGAUUGAGGCAGCAUGCCGUAUACAUCUUAUCACCUACAUUUUGACGAGUGCAGUGCAGCUCAGCGUUGUGUACGGAGAGACACACCCUGAGAGCACUCUUUUUGCAUCUCUGUGCAGGCGCCAUCAAUCAGCCAGCAGAGGUCAUAAUUGCACCAGUCAUGAGAGAGAGACCCCGUCCGGCUUAGUCCUGCUCAUCUGAACAACAGGCCAAUCGUUGUUCAUGUGGCCGCUCAGCCUCACCCGGCAGAGAUCCCAUCUCUGGUUCCAGCGUGUGUUUUUACCGCUGCGCCACCUGAGCGGCCUAAGUAUUUCAAUUAGAAGUAAACACAUACAAUAUAAUCGCAAUAAACAUGCCGUAAAUGUGCAGUACAUUCAAACCCUCAUUUUUCUUUAUUAAUGGUAGAAGUUAAAUUAGACCCCUUUUUAAAAUAAAGAGAAUAGGGGGACUAAAAGGGUACUGGGACCUAAAGCAUCUAAAUGUGUAUUUACACCACAAAUAUGCAAGCAGGAUAAAAAUCUAAAUUUGCAGUGUGAACAUAGCCAUAGUCCUGAAUAGUAUUUCAAUCCUGGCCCUUUCUAAACGUCAGAUUUUUGGUGUGUUACCUCCCUGUGCUGUAUUACUGAAAAUAGUAUGAUGAUACCACUUCACUGACUGGCACUGUUUCAGUUAGUGCACAUAGUGGAAAGAAGGUAUAUGCUGUGAGGGACAGUAGUUACCUAAUACCUGUCUGGCUUCGGAGUAGCUUUUAAAAAUGCCAGUGCUUUCAACUUUGCACUUACUCUGACCUGACCAGUGCUCUGGUUUAAGGUAACCUCCAAUCACAAGAGCUGGGAACCGGGUUUGGUGAUGUUCACCAUACUCUAUGCAUUGCUGUAUUAAAGGUACAUAUUAUUGACUUAAGCCGUUUUCCUCUCUGAUUGUGUAAAUGAGAGGUGGAGGUCAGGUUUAGCAAUCAGACUUCAGAGUAUUCGAAAACUGUUAUUUUUUAAAAAGACAAAAUAAACCGAAUGUAAUGAAA